UAUUGAAUUGAUAGUUCAUUAUAGUCUUUUCCUUUUAAUAUUUUAGUCUAUUAAUUAAGCAAUAUAUAUAUGUGGAUAUUUAAAUACAUUUUUGAGUAUUUGAGUGUUCUUUAUACCAGCGAGAUGUUGGUGGAAUUGUUAAUAUUUUUAGUGAUAAUGUUAUUGUUAUAUGACCGUUGGUCUAGGAGAGAAGUGUACAAAUUAGGUAAACAGUUGAGCUGCAGAGUAAAAGCCUACCCUUUGAUUGGACACAGUUAUUUGUUUUUGGGUAACAACCACAAACGAAUGGAAGCAUUACAAAUUCUCGGUAGAGAUGCUUUAAAGAAUGAUAAUGGUUUGUUCCCGGCGUGGCAGGGAAAUUAUCUGUAUACAAUGAUAGUAGACCCUGAGGCUGCGGAGAUAGUAUUAAAGACUUGUUUGGAGAAAGAUGACAUAAUGCAAAUGGCUACACUCUUUAUUGGCAAGGGCAGUAUAUUCGCUCCUGUUUCAAUAUGGCGACCUCGUCGUAAGGUCUUAGUGCCAACCUUCAACACGAAGAAUUUGAAAUCUUUCGUGACAGUAUUUGUAAGGCACAGCACCAUACUUGUGCAGGAGUUAGGAAAAGUGGUUGGGGCUGGCCCACUGUCGGCCUUUAAACAUUACACA